CUUCUUUGAUUCUUCUAUUCUAGUGAACUGUUGCUUUUGAUAUCUCUGUUGCUUGGUAUCUGUGUUGUUUCACAUCUACACUUGCUGCAUCUUGAUCUGGUGCCAUCUCCAGGUUCCAUCAAACUAGACUCUCGGGCCCCGCGUCGAUCUCUCCUUCACCUCCCUUUUCCUUUUUCUUUCCUCUGAUCUUCUAUCAAUCAUCGAAUCUUCAUCAUGAACUGGCUCAAGUCGACUCUCUCCGCCGUGGUGGGCACCGAGGAGCCUAUCUAUGGCCCCGAGGCCAUCCAGUCUGUUGCGCAGCAGACUGAGACUACUCCUUAUUCCGAGGUGAACAAGGGAUCUUUUGCGCUGGCGCGCAUAUUCCUACACCAAUGUCGAGACCCAGACCUUCUACAUCAUGGCAGACAACGGGACAGUGGUCUUCGUCCAGGUGAUCUACAGCAACAUUGUUUCAACGUGAAGAUUUUCGACCUCAGCGGAAAGGGCGACAACAAGUGGUUCUCCGACCCUCUCCACAACUUCAUGUUUGACGAGCACAUGCUCUCUUUCGGUGCCGACAACCUGUCCCUGACCCUCAACGAGGAGGGCAACGCCUACCACAUCAAGUCCACUGUCAACGAUGGCAGCAUUGUGGAUCUCAAGUUCACCCAAUCCGCACCUGGUUUCGUCGUCGGCAAGGAUGGUACUUCAUACUUCGGAACUGACCCCAAGAACCCCUGGGGCUCCAUGCGCCAUGCCUUCUGGCCCCGCUGUACUGUCGAGGGUAACAUCGCCACCAAGGAUCAGACCUACGAUCUGGCCGGUCGUGGUGUGUUCAUCAUGGCUCUGCAGGGCAUGAAGCCUCAUCACGCAGCUGCCCGCUGGAACUUCAUUAACUUCCAGACCCCCACCUAUUCCGCCAUCAUGAUGGAGUACACCACCCCUCCUUCUUAUGGCUCCACCAAGGUCAACGUUGGCGGUAUUGUCAAGGACGGUAAGAUCAUCUACGCCGGCACCACCAACGUCGUUACCCACACAGAGGUCGGUCAGGACGAGGGCAGUGAUUGGCCCGCGCCCAAGGCGAUCAAGUGGGAGUGGAGCGGCAAGACAACCGACGACAAGGAGUUCACAGCCGAAGUGGACGGCCCUCUCGGCCCCCGCCUUGACCGUAUCGACGUUAUGGCCGAGGUGCCAGGCUUUAUCAAGAGCAUUGCUGGCAGUGUUGCCGGUACCCGGCCUUACAUCUUCCAGUACUCCCCCCAGGAGAAACUCUCAUUGAAGCUGAAGCUCGGCGACGAGGAGAUCACCGAGGAGGGAACCAUGUUCUCGGAGUCGACCUUCAUCUCGUAAAGGCCCGAUCCAACUCGCGUACAUAAGACAUGAUCUCCCUGUGAGGUCUUGUUGGCGUUCAUUGUUGAUGAUUUCGUGAUGCUACAUUAUGUCCCGGGAUUCGGCUUAGCUGUUUCUCCUUUGUGCGGACCAGAUAAUCCACAGACUGUAUACAGGAUACCUAAUGCUAUUGACCAUAUUCUGAAUAAUCUUACUUGUAAGCCUGUAUAGG